GGCAGAGUGAGUGUGGGGCGGCACGGCGGAGGGGGGGGGCUGGGGCAGGGGGGGCUGGCGGCGCCUGACCCCACCCCGCCCAUGGGGCAGAGGGGCAGAGCCGGCCCCCGCCGCGCCCCCCAUGAAGCUGCGGGACACCCCCUCGGCCUGCCCUUCCCUCUGGCGCUCCCUGCCCUGCCCGCCGGCCGAGCUGCGCCUGGACCUGGUGCUGCCGUCGGGACAGACCUUCCGGUGGUGGGAGAGCAGCCCGGGGGCCUGGACGGGCGUGCUGGGCGGCCGCGUCUGGACGCUGAGGCAGGAGGGUGACCGGCUGUGGUACACGGUGUACGAGGGGGAGCAGGAGCAGCAGAGCCGUCCCGCCGGGGCAGCGAAGCCGGACGGUGCCGAGACAGAUCGGAUCCUGCGCGACUACUUCCAGCUGGACGUGGGGCUGCCGGCCCUGUACCGCAAAUGGGGGGCGGCCGACCCCCUCUUCCGCGAGGUGGCCGAUGACUUCCCAGGGGUGCGGGUGCUGCGGCAGGACCCCGUCGAGUGCCUCCUCUCCUUCAUCUGCACCUCCAACAACCACAUCUCCCGCAUCACUGCCAUGAUUGAACGCCUCUGCCGGGCCUUCGGCCGCCGCCUCUGCUGCCUCGACGCCCGGCCCUUCCAUGCCUUCCCCACCCUCUCGGCGCUCGCAGGCACUGAUGCUGAGGCCCAGCUACGGGCGCUGGGUUUUGGGUACCGCGCCAAGUUUGUCAGCGGGAGCGCGAGGGCCAUCACCGAGGGGCUCGGCGCUGAGGGGCUGCACCGGCUGCGCACCGUGCCCUACACCGAGGCCAGGAGGGUGCUGUGCACCCUGCCUGGGGUGGGCGGCAAGGUUGCCGACUGCGUCUGCCUGAUGGCCCUGGACAAGGCGGAGGCGGUGCCGGUGGACACCCACAUCUGGCGCAUUGCGCGGGAGCGGUACGGUGCAGUACUGGGUGGCCGGAGUCUGACCCCCCGGGCCCACCAGGAGAUCGGAGACUUCUUCCGGGGGCUGUGGGGCCCCCGCGCCGGCUGGGCACAGGCAGUCCUCUUCUGUGCUGACCUCCGCAAGGGCCAGGAGCUGGCUGGUGGCCGGGACCGGGCCAGGGGGGGCCGAGGCCAGGAGAGCCAUGGGGAUGGGCCCCCCUAGGGACACCCCCGGAGGGACAGAGUCCCCCGGCAGCUGCUGGGGGCAGAUCACUGCGCCCGCUCCCAGCCUGAGAUGUACAGAGGUGUGGGCAGCUGCCUGUCCCCUGCCCACUGCAUCCUUGGGGGGAGCUGCUGCCCUGGGCAGUGAGGCUGGGGGGGGUCAGGGCUGUGUCCAGCCCCCCCAAGGCAGAGCCGAGCCAAGCAGUGUUGGCCUCUUGCCUUUAUUACAAGCAAUAAAAUAGAAACAUCCAUUUGGAAAA